GAGAGCAAUGGCAAUGGCAUUCUCUGUGGAUCUGUUUGCCCGAUAUGCAGACUGUGGUGUCAACAUGAAAGUCUACAUUCCUGCUUCAGGACCUGCCAGUGUCCUUGUGUUGCCAAAGAAUGAAGGUCAACCAGAGGAGAAGAGCAGCAUUGUGAAGUCUGGACCCUCUGGUUAUUACUACCAGGGUGCGUGGCGAGCACUAGAUGGCACCACAGUUCACCAAUUCAACACCGCCUCUGCCAUCACUCAGUGUCUAAAAGGCAAAGUGGUCCACAUUUAUGGAGACUCCACUGUCAGGCAGUGGUUUGAAUAUCUCAACUCAGCAUUACCAGAUCUUAAGGGGUUUAACCUGCACAGCCCAAAGGGAGUUGGACCUUACAUGUCCUUAGACUACGCAAACAACAUCUUGGUGACGUUUCGCUGUCAUGGUAAUCCGAUCCGCUUCACCCCAUUCCCAAUCACUGAGCAUCGUUAUAUUGCCAAUGAACUUGAUGAUGUACCUGGAGGCACCAACACCAUCAUUGUUCUUGGCGUCUGGGCUCAUUUUGGAAGUUUCCCCGUGGAGAUCUACAUCCGGCGGCUGCGAAACAUCCGCAGAGCAGUGGUGCGGCUGCUGGACGGGUCUCCAGGUACGCUGGUCAUCAUCAGGACGGCGAACCCCAGAGCUUUGGGGCUUUUUGAGGCUCUAACCAACAGUGAUUGGUACUCACUGCAGCGUGAUAAGGUGCUCAGAACCAUGUUCAAAGGGCUGAAUGUUCAUCUCAUUGAUUCCUGGGACUUGGUCCUAGCCUACCACAACCUACCUCAUGGGAUCCACCCACAUCCUCCCAUUAUUAAGAAUAUGAUUGACAUUCUCUUGUCUUAUACAUGCCCUGAGCUACACAAAGUGUGAAAAACCGAAUAUAAUAUUCUGCUACAGGUAUUGUAUGAGUGUUAUUACGAUGUGCUUAAAUAUUACAAAAACAAAUAUAUA